AGAUCUCAGUGGGGUUUGAGAGGGCAAGGCAGGGAGAGAUGCAGGAAACAGCUCCAGGGAGACCGCUAGGUUGGGUGUGGCAGGAAAUAGGAAGCCAGGUCAGGAAGGGGGCGGGGCUGGAAGUCGGCUUUGAGCCCCAUCAGCGCUACACGGGGGUAUUUAAAGACAAGGCAGCUGAUGAUGAGGGGCUGUUUCUGAGUAUGGGAGCUAGGAGUUCUCCAGGAGAGGGAACUGGCUAAAUGAAGCUAGCCAGGAGGAGGAGGAGGAGGAUGACGACGACAACUCAGGGGACAAGCUAACCUCCUCCCAGGGCUGUUCCUGAGGCUGACCUUUUUAAACUCCAGUCAUUCUGGAGUUUAAGAAGGGCCAAGAGCCCACCUCGCCCCCUGGGAGUCUGACAGAACCAUCUUCUUAUGAUUAUUUUUCUCUGUAAACUGCUUUGAGAACUUUUUUUGGUUGAAAAGCAGUAUAUUAAAUAGUCUGUUUGUGACUGCAAACCUUAUACAGUACAUAAAACAGACAGGAGUGCGAAGUCUGAAACAAAAGAAAAUUCUUUGAAGACUAUAACGUUUACAGGGCCAUGAUCAUGGAUCGGGGUGAACUGGAGGAGGUGGCCUCCUCCAGAAUAUUUAAGGUCCCUCCCUGAAUGUUCUUCUUCUUUUUUUUUUUUUUAAGGGCCUCAAAGGGCUAGGCUGAGUCCUUUUCUCUAACAUACUAGUUUUCUACAUGGAAGGAGUUUCAAUUUGGGAGAUAUGACCCUCUGUUGGCAGUGAAGUGGUAUAUUCCUGGAAAAGCAUUACCAAUUGCAUAUACAGGUCAUAGCUUUUCCUCAGGUUUGCAGAUGCAUAAUUCCACAACUCAUCUGAUAUUUGUCUCAGAAUUAAAAUCUUUGAGACUCUCAAUCUCCAUUGUUGUUUUAGCACCUUUCUAGAAUUCGCUGUUCAUAAAAGUUCGGAAAAGCGUAGGAACUCUCUAAACUGAAUUGUUUUCAGGGGAGGAGCAUCAAUACUUACUUACUUGGCUAUAUCCUUCCUCAGCUGGGUUCCCUGCUGCCAUCUUCUCUCUCCUGCCAUCACACAACCUAUUGCCAGAAAUUCCAAAAUUGUUGGCACACACUCCCAUCAAACUUUCAAAUGCAGAGUUCAGUCAGCUGUGUGAUGCCUUUUAAAGAGGCAGGCCAGACAGCCUCAUGAAUGAUAAGCAGGCCAUGUGUGUGAAUUCAAGUAACAGUUUCAGUUUUGCGGUAGAAGCCUGUGUGAGUAAUACAGAGUUGCAUUAUUAGAAGAGGUAGUGAUUUGGUGUGUGUCCCUGUUCUUCAAUACAGAACAAUCAAUCAGUCAAUCAAGCAAGCAAAACCUACAAGUUUGCACAACUUUCCGUUGGUGUGCAUAGUUGAUUUUGAAUGCAAAUUGUUUCCUUGGAGGAUAAUCUGGUUGUUGCAAUGCAAAAUAAGUACAGACCUUCCAUAAGUUUAAUAAGGGGGAUAGGGGCCUGUACAGCCAAUAAUGUAAGAGGGGAUGAGGAAAGACUUGCUUUUGACCCCUUCCUUGUUCCCCCUCCCUCUCAGCUGACUGGAUGUCAUGCCUGUAAUUUGCCUUAGUGACAUCCAGCAAUUUUUAUCCUGGAUCUUUUCCCAGGGAGGAUUUGGGGGCGUGAACCCCUGUAGUCUGGCUUUACUCCAAGUAGGACAUUGCCACUCUGAACCUAUCCUAUGCAAAGAUAUUGUUUCUACCAAACGGUUUAGAAAUCAUUAACAUCAUGAUCCUGCCUAGAAGGAUUGAACAACUUGUCUCACACAGCAUCUAGAGCAGGAGAAUGGAUUUGCACAGGGGUGAUUUUGGGCGCUCUUUUGGGGAGUCUUCUGAGGUUGCUUCCACCACUGGAUAGUGACUUGCUCAUGCUGAUUUCUUUUCCUGGGGACAUCCUGAUGCGCAUGUUGAAAAUGUUGAUCCUGCCUCUCGUGAUAUCCAGCCUCAUUUCAGGUCUGGCAGGCCUCGAUGCCAAAUCCAGUGGGCGGAUGGGCACUCGCGCCAUGGUCUAUUAUAUAUCAACCACAGUUGUGGCGGCCAUAUUGGGUGUCAUUCUGGUCUUGUCCAUCCACCCUGGCAACCCAAAACUCAAGAAAUCACCUACCGUAAUGACCAAAAAUGAAGAAGUCUCCAGCUUGGAUGCUUUUCUGGACUUAAUCAGGAACCUGUUCCCUGAAAACCUGGUACAGGCCUGUUUCCAGCAGAUCCAAACGGUCUCAACCAAGGUGCCUGUACCGCCAGUGGUGAUUCGUAAGGAAAACAUCAGUCAAAUAGUCCAUUCCAAUGGGUCUGUCCUUAAUGCUACCAUCACAGAAGUCAAUGUGGGACCCAGCACCAUCACCCAGAAACGGCUGGAGUUCAAGGCUGGAAUGAAUGUUUUGGGUUUGAUCGGGUUUUUCAUUGCCUUCGGCAUUGUCAUGGGAAAAAUGGGGGAACAAGCAAAGCCCAUGGCAGAUUUCUUCAACAUCCUCAAUGAGAUCAUCAUGAAGCUUGUCUCUAUGAUUAUGUGGUACUCACCAUUCGGCAUUGCUUCACUGAUCUGCGGCAAGAUUGCAGCAAUCAAAGACCUAGAGACGGUUGCCCGGCAGCUGGGCAUGUACAUGGUGACUGUUAUUGUGGGACUGAUCAUCCAUGGAGCUAUAGUGCUACCCCUCAUCUUCUUUGUCAUCACCCGCCAGAACCCCUUCCUCUUCUAUGCUGGCAUCUUCCAAGCCUGGAUCACGGCUCUUGGCACUGCCUCCAGUGCCGGGACCCUGCCUGUCACCUUCCGCUGCCUUGAGGAGAAUCUGAAAAUUGACAAGCGGGUGACUCGCUUCGUGCUGCCCAUUGGUGCAACCAUCAACAUGGACGGCACCGCCCUCUAUGAGGCCGUGGCCGCCAUCUUCAUUGCGCAGAUGAACAGCAUCCACUUGGAUGGGGGACAGAUUGCCACGGUCAGCCUGACAGCCACGUUGGCCAGCGUAGGAGCCGCCAGUAUACCCAGCGCAGGAUUGGUCACCAUGCUUCUUAUUCUGACAGCUGUGGGACUCCCCACCCAGGACAUCAGUCUCCUCAUUGCCGUGGACUGGCUACUAGACCGCAUGAGAACCUCCAUCAACGUGGUGGGUGACUCCUUCGGUGCCGGCAUAAUCUAUCACCUCUCACAGAAAGAGCUGGCGCUCAUUGACGCCAGAGCAGAAGGGCGGGAGCCUGACGCCACAACCCUCAAACUGCAGGCUCUGGGCAACCACCAGGGCCCACGGGAAGGAUCCAUUGGGUCAGGGUACACUGUCCUGCCCAGCCAGGAUGAGGAGGAGCUGCCAGAGAAAAUGGAUGCAGCAUCGCAGUACAGCGAGAAGGAUGAAGAGGGACCUGAAGAUGAGCAAGGAGACAAGGAAGAGGAAGAAUAAUAAAUACUCUGGCUCCCUGCCUCUUCCCCCUGCCCACAUUUGUUGCUGCCAGCCUCAGCAAUGCACCGGCGGGGGAGGGGGGUUAUGGGAGCCAUAAUCUUGCUUUGAUUAUUUGGGCUAUGGAUUUGUGAGUUUCAUACCUGAAUCUGGCUACUGCAGCACCUCAGCACUGGGUGAGAGAGCCCUGGAUAAAGUCCCAUUACUUCCCCCACCCCACCCCCACCCCCUCCAGAAGCAGCCGCAUGCCUACACCUACAUGCUGCUCUAGAUGCAUGUGUAUACACGUGUGUUUAUACACACACACACACACACACACACAGAUGUCCAUCUCUCUUACACUUGCCUCCCAUGCCCCUGAGAUUCUCUCCAGAUGGCACCAGCAAUCUGUAUCCAGGAACUCUUCUCACCGUCUUUCCUGGUUGGAGGCAGGAGUUUAGUAUCUGUCUCUUUUGCUACAGAGCACAGCUGUCCAGUUACCAGGUUCUUAAUCCAGGGUUUAAAUGCUUGCCUAGCACAGACUUUCCCUGCUUUCUUUGGAUGUAGCCAGACAGGCGUUUGUCGGGGGGAGAUUUAACCACCCUGUGCCUGUAGCCACAUGGUAGCUGGUCCAUAUAUCUGCACCUGAUGAGGCAGAGUAGACAAAAUUCACAUGGGAAUGAGAUGGUGACGUUUGGAAGUAGUAGAAUGGACUGUACAAUUUCUGACUAUAGUGUGUGUGAUUACAUUUUUUAAAAUGGCCAUGUAUGUGGAAAAGCUCCUAGUAAACUAGCAUAGCAGGGAACAGACCUGGAUAGAACCUUGCCCCUGAUAUGCUAGUUGGGGUUUGUUUGUUGCAGGGAGUAGUUGGGUUUUUUUAAACAUUUCUUAAGAAGCAUUUAGAAAUGGCAUCUCUUACAUACAAUCUGAUACUGUACAAUCUAUUCUACCACCUCAGAUUUCUACCUCAUUCUGAUGCAAACAUAUAUAUAGAGAGAGAGAGAGAGAAAGAGAGAGAGAGAGAGAGAGAGACCAAAUCUGGGGAAGCAGAUCAGUGUUAAAUUCUCCUUCCCAUUUAGCAGGAAUGUUAUAAUCAACUGGCUUACCAAGUGGAUGCAUGUGUGUUGUGGUAAUUCGCCCCUUGGUCAGUGGUCGCUUGUGUUUACCUUCUUGCUCUAGCUGUCAUUUUGGCUUCCUAGAGUUCUCCCUGAGCUGGGGGCGUACUAAAAAGAACAGCAUCAAACAAAAAUUGGAGCACAUGAGUUCCUUCCGAAUGGAAGCAGGAAUACAAUUGAAUUCCAGAUUACUAUGUUCUUUUCAGUUUAGCCCUUCCUUCUCUCCAGCAGCCUAAUCUAUUUAACCCCUCUUUAAAAAAUAUUCAUCUGUCUCCUUCUCUCCCACAUUCUAAUAGAUCUAAUGUUUAUCUAAUCUAUAUUCUGACCCACCAGUUCAUCCAUCCGAUCUCCAUCCAUACCUUCAUCCUCCAUCCAUACCUUCAGAAAUCGAGCAUAUACUGUACAAUGAGCCACUCAGCUCUGCCAAGAAGCAAGGCAAGCUCUGUCUUUCCCUUCUCCUUUCUGUAAUAGGGGCAUAACAAUAAUUUUGGCCGAUCUGAAUGUUAUGGAAAGAAUGUAUGUGAAGCGCUUUGAGCACUUUGGGGAAAAAUAUAAAUACUACGUAUUAAUUAUUAAUUAUUAUUAUUAAUUAUUAUUGCCAUGUGUAUUCUUGCAUCUCACCACACACAAUCAUAGAGUUUUGGAAUCCCAGAGUGGAACAGCCCUGGUGGAUCAAUCUAGUGCAGCCUCACUUUGUCUAUAUAUAAAUAGUACCCCAACAGAA